GAAUAUUAUUGUAUUGUUCUCCUGAAUAUUUAUUUUUCCUGUUUAGAUACCGGAGUGCUGAAUUUGGGUUUGGGGAGUAUAGCCUAUAGAGAUCUUGACCGCGGUAUCCAUCACCACAGAACUCCGUUAUCAUGAACAUGUCCGUUCAUGAUAACUUACUUUCACUUCAAUUACGAGAUCUCUUGAUCCACCUCAAGCGACAGGGAUUAAUAAUCUUGAGGCAGAGCUGGAAGUGUUAAUAUGGGGGAAGGCGUAAGUCAUUUUGAUGUCUCGCAGCAAGAGUAAGCUGAAGAGGCAACCGGUAUGUUCUACAACUUUGACAAACACUACUACUGAUGCACAGCAUCUUAAAGUGAACAAAAAGAAGAAGAAGAAGAAAAGACAGCAAGAAAAGGCCACAAGUGGUACCAGCCAAAUUACCAAGAUGUCGAGAGGUUCUUCUUCGGUAUCGUCCUCAUCUCUCUCCAGCAAGAGCUCACAAGGAGCUCAAAAUUUUGGCAGCGCAAACUCUGUCAAGAAGGCACAGUGUGACCUGUGCAAGUUGUCGUACACAUCUCAAAAGGAACUAACAGAACACUUGGUGUCACUGAUGCAUCAUACAAAACUGGAGGAUAAAGAAGAAAAUGCGGUUCACAAGUGUGAGCUGUGUGGUGUGACGUGCCCGACCAUGUCUGUCUACCGGGCUCACAUCUCGGGGGACAAGCAUCAGAAGAACUUGGCCUUUCAUCGUGGAGAGCACAAGAACUUGGCCUCACAGCGCGGAAGGGGGAGAGACAAGAAGAGCAACUGGAACCCACCUCAGUGGAAGAAGAAUAAGAAUGCCAGAGUCUGUGGUUUUGGAUAUAAGGACGUGGAGGAUGAGAUGUCAGAUAACUACUAUCCCUGGAACGGUGAACCGAGAAACAAGUGGGGUUAUUCUCAGGGCUGGAAUAACAAAGGACAGGGCACCCCAUUCCAUCUAAGAGGCCAGGGUCGUCCAGAAUCUGGACUACUACAAUAUGGCAACCAGAGGUUUUAUGGCAACAAGACGUGGCAUGCAGCAGGUCAUGCCCCCGAUGUGGACAGAUUUGGCAGAGGCUCAGCAGGAGGUCAAGGUCAGGGGUUGUUGGGGCCUGCCUGGGGCAGUGGUGCUAAGUUGGAUCAUAACUGGAACCUGACCUCUUCAGGUCCAAAUCAGCCUUUUAAUUUUCCGUUCUAUCAGAGAAAGGAUUCCAAUGGGUCCAAAGAUGCAGCAAACAGAGAGGCGGACUCGAACAUUAAUUUUACAACUGAUCAAUAUGAGGGGCACUGGGAUGAACAGUCGCUGCUUAUGCAAGAGAAUUUUUUGGCUGGAAUGGAGCAGGAUGGUGGGUCCAAUGACGAUGGGUCAUAUUUUACAGAGACAGACUCGAGAACACAUAGUACGGGCUCUGGCUGGAAGGAGGUUUCAAAUUCCCAGGGUUAUGCACCGUCCCGUCCUCAACAGUCUUCAUUGGGGCCCAGGUUUCAAGCUGAAAAGCCUUAUAGAUCACGGUGGGAUCAGACGGAAAAGCCGGAGAAACCUGCUCAUGUUAAUGGCCACCAUCAAGUGUCUCAGUGGGACAGAAAAAGACCUCGGAAUGAAGAGGAUGUUCAGGAGUCUCUACCCAAAGCUUCAAGGUCUUUAGAGUCAGAUUCUAAUGAUUAUACUCCCGUCAGAGAUACUUCUUCCAAGUCGAAUCCUCCGGUUAAGAACAUCCAGACUCUGGUCACACAAAGAAAUGAAAGUGCACCAAAAGCAAGGGACAAGCCGACCUCGUCGCCGAGGCUUAGACUAACAGAAGCCAGCGAUAAUAUUCUAGAGCGGGCAGAGCGCCUGUGUGUUGAGCUUAGGAAAAAGCGGGAAGCAGCGCAGGCCCAGCGGAGUUCGGCUGUGAAGCAUCACAAUGAAGAGUUGUUAAGUCAAAAAAUGAGUGCUCUUAUCCGUAAGCAGCAGUCGUACGUGAAAGGGCAUAUUCAGGAGGGGCAGAAAGUUCGGGAGGAAAACGACGACUCUGGUGUGAGCUCUGCCUCCACUUUACCCUCGAAACAAAGCCAUCAUUCCACAUUGUCAGAACAUUCUUCAAAACUCUCUUCAUCGUCGUCGUCAAAGGGACCAGUGAAUAAUUACUCCAGAGCAAAAGGGAAUACCCUGGAUGACAUCAUGAAAUCCAUUGAGAAGAAUGUGUUGGAGGAGAAGCAAGCGUCAAACUCAAAGGCCAAGGCCGGUGUGGUGCGGAGAGGGUCGGCAGAGAGUCCCAGUGCAAGAGGGUCGGUCGAGAGUCCCAGUGCGAGGCUCAGCGACAGUAGAGAGUCGUCGGGCUUCUCCGCAUCACGGUCCAGCUCUGUCAAUCUGACGAAAGACAAUCUGAAGAAUAUGGUGAAUGCCCCAAGGUCAAGAAAUGAACGUGUCCAGCUGGCGAAAAUCCUCCAGUCUCGUGAGGAGCCGCGAGCAGCACUCAGGACCAGCCUUCAGCUGGAAGGCCUGUACGACAAUGUGGACAUGGAGUCGGUCAGUGUGAACCUGGACAAGGACGGUCGCGCGACCAACAUCAAACUGGAAGACCUGUCCCAGCAUGUCAGGGAUCAGAUUCUGACUCUGAUUGGGGGAGACUUGGGGAUCGGCGCUAACUCGAGUCUGUCGCUGUCUGGGAUCAGCCAAAACAUCAUCAACAUCUCAGACGAUGAAGAGACAAACGAUAGCUCUCAUAAUGGCAGAAAUUUCAAGCCUGGCGGGAAACCAAAUGUCAAGAAUAAGGCGUUGUUGGACAAAACUAAUGUGAAGAAAAAGAAGAAGAAAAGAGAUAAAGUUCCGGAUACCACUGUGGAUGAUGAGAGUUUAGGGUCCCACGACGUAGUGUCUCUUGGGAACGAAGUGGACAGUUUGUCUUCCUCGACAGGUGCGAGUCGCCCAACUCCAGGAUAUGCCAGAUUCAGAAGUGUGUCGGAGAGCAAUGGGCCGGUCCGGGCAGAAAGAGAGAUAGAAGUACACACAAGCUUCCCUUCCUCCACCAAUAUUGAGCUUCAGCGAAAGAACAGCAGUGGGGUAGGCAGGAGUCCACUAGUUGAAAAGAAUCGCAAAUCAACUAAUUAUUUGGCAUCAUCACCAGAUCUCAGUAAGACAUCAAGUGACACGACUUCAAGAACUUUAGGUGAUAUGUCUUCACAGCAUGACAGAUAUCAGACAUCUAAUGGGGUGGUUUCAUCAAUUCAUACAAAAAUGUCACCUAAUUCUUUACAGAGAACCCCAAGCCAAACAUCUUUGACAAUUGACACUGUCAAGCAAAAAUUUCCAACAAUCUUAGAUUUUCCUCGGACUGAGAGAGUGCCUAUCUCAAAUAUGCCUGAAAUUUCUUCACCAAGUGUUGUUACUCUGCCAACCAAUUCAAUACCUUACUCCACAAAUACACAUGUUGGUUCCUCGCCUUCAUCCACUGAGCUGUCUGCCAGCGGCCCAGUGUCACGGUCCAAGUCCCCUGCACCAUUGACCACGCUUCGGUCAUCAUCACCAUCUCUCUUGUCUCCUUCGGCAAAUCCCCGCGGAAGUCGAGUGAGUGAAUGUGGCCCAGUCUCACAAUCCAAGUCCCCUCCACCAUUUCGAUCAUCAUCACCGUCUCUCACGUCUCCUAUGGCUACAAAUGCCACCAUAAGCCGAGGGAGCGGGCUUCCCUCCUUACCCCUGUCCUUGUCUAGCCUCGGGAGUAUCGGAUGUGAGACAGCAGAAGUUGCAGCACGAUCAACACCGGUGCCUUCUGAGUUGUUGGCAGAGGGUGAAGCCACAGGUCGCACUGACAAUGAGGUGGAGGUCCAGCCGGAUGCCAUGAGCGUUUCUGAGUCGGUGCACAGUGAUCCGUCUGCUGCGAUGGCGGAGCUUCUGCUGUUGUCGGAGCGGGAGGAACACGUCAAGCAGGAGAUGACCAACAUGGAGCUGAGGCUGACCCGACUGCACCGACUGCUGGAACAGGCAGUCACACAGAUCAAUAAAUGCACAGAGAGACGCAACCAGCUACUUGAGGAAGAGCAAGACCUUUCCAAGAAGAGACUGACGUUACUUAGAGAUGCAACAUCGUCCAAGCAAAGCAUGAGGUCUAGUGUGUCUGAUCUACAUAACUCAAGUCUGCUCUCUGAAGUGAGCCAACAAGAUUCUCAGGGACCACAAUCUUCCAGGUCGACCACCACGAGUGUGAUAACUGCCCCUACGACUUCUGUUGUCAGCACAAGCACGGCUACUACUCAGGGCUCAACCCAGGUGGCUCCUGGUUCCGCUUCCUCUGACGAACCCUACAUUCCAGGCACUGCUCUGUCUAAAGCUGAUUGGCUAGCAAAAUUCUCCUCCUACCUACCUCCAGAUAUGGUGUCAGGCAGCCAGAGUAAAAAAACUCAGGAAAAAGACUCGUCGUCGUUGAGUAAGCAAACUUUUCGUUCACCUUUGACAUCACCAAGAGUUUCCAUCUCAGAGCCCCAGGUGGAAGACGUUGUUAUGGCCGACAGAAGUGAUCGGGACCAAGAAAAAACAGCAGGUACUGGGGUCGCUGUUGGGGCUUCAGUGCCUUCGAGUUGUGCCACUCCGUCCAACGUUGUACCUCAAAGUAGUUUUUGCCAUCUUGCUGAGCCUGCUGUGGCCGUCUCUCUCCCGUCCUCAACUCCGCUCAUGGCUGGAUUGCCAGUGAUGUAUGUCGGCAGCUUCAAGAAUCCUAACGUGAUGCGGCUGAGCUCGGUGAGUGCUUUGUGUAGGUCGCUGUCUGAGCCUCCUCAAGGGGGAGAGAAGGAUGUGAACCCAAGUGACCCACACACAGAAAGCAGUCAAGAGCCCAGUAGGGAACGACAUAAUACAGCGCCGCAUCCAUCUGUAGUUUUACCCCCGAGGUCAUCGGCUGCUAUUGUUGUUGGAGACACAAGCCCCCGCGCAGAGGACUCUGACAUCGGCAGUAUAGCCAGCAGCAUCGCCAGCGGAAGCUCUCUCGGCGAGCAGAUCUCUCGUUACUGUCGCAGCACGCCAGGGGCCUCGGCUGACGCGCAGCACCACCACGACUUGUCCGUCAUCCUGUCUGCCCCCUCGGACACCAACACGAGCGAGGUCAGGGGUUACGACAGCAAUAUCGAGGUGGAGGAGGCCGAUGCUGUGAGCAGCGUGUAUGUCCCUAGGGAAGAGUGGGAGCAGGUGGUUCGGCCCUGCUCUGUGAUCAUAGAGAAACUGGAGCUGCAAGAAGAAGCAGGCAUCUAUGGCAACCUGGACAAGGCUGCAGUGAGGUCUGCUGAAGCUCUUCACUUAAUGGAGAGGAACUUUGAGGGGAGCUCGUACCAAUCCAGCCUCGCUUCCGACGGCAAGAAAAAGAUUCGUAAGACGCGACAAGAGAGGGACAACAGCGGCCUGAGGCGCUGGCGACGACAUUGGGUUUUCUCCUCUUCCUCCUCAGACGGGGAAGGGGCUAAAGAAGCCACUGGCAACGAGUUGGACAUCAAAGCCGUGACCUCGCGCGUGCGUCGUAGUGGCCAGGCGUCCAGCGGCAACAACAGCGCUGACAGCAGUGACGUCCAGGGUGGGUUGACCACUGUCUCUGGGGGCAUGGCUGAUGCUGACAAGGAGGUGCCGCAGAACGCUGCACAGGCGAAGACGGUGAUCGCAUCGGGGGUUUGGACAAACUCAAACAUUACUGUCGCUGAGUGCGACUCCUCCACCAAUCAUGAAUUAGUUGAUUCAGAGAGUAUCAACCUACGUACAAAUACUUUGAGGGAAAUGAGGGAGAGCUUUGAGAAAACUUUCGGUCGGAGCCCCAGGACCUCACCAGUGACUGUGAGCAACAUCAUUUCCACCACAUCGGAUGUCUCUGGGUCAGUGGCAGAUGAGGCUUCCCAGAGACACAUUCGCUCUCUCAGAGGAAAGCUCAGAGAAGAUCAAAGUGAAAUGAAAGCGACGGGCGGAUUGUCUCGAGAGGAAGGAACAAUCACCGUGUCUGAUGAGGAGGUUUCGAUGUUCUCCAAAGGUGAACAUAUUCGAUCCAGUCACUCCAAAGGAAAGGACCAUUCUGUUUCGAAUCUUUCGAGACCACUCUCGGCUUCAACGCCAUCUCUCGCAGAGAAAGGUUCUUUAUCUGUGCCUCUGGAGGAGGGAGACAGCGUGCUUCCUGGGAAUUUCGGCUCCGUCUUUGACAUCCAAGUGAUGAACAGACUGCUCUUUGUGGGUCAUCGCAACCACGGGGUCAGAGUCUAUGAUGCGCUGGGCCCUCUGCAGAGCAAAACGUUUUUAUACAAGUACAACUAUCCGGAUGUUCAGUGCAUGUGUAUCGCCAAGCUUGGAGAGGAGGAUGUGGCUGUUCUGGGGAUGAACGGUCAGAUGGUCAUCCUUGAUCAGAGUGACAGCUGGGCUAAGACUGCCCGCAUUUUCCUCCUGGAUGGGGUGGUGGUGAAGUGUUUUCUGCUGGUGUCUUCACUUCUGUACAUUGGCACAAACACAGGAGAGAUAUCGGUGUUUGAUACGGUGGCAAUGAAGGAACAGGAGAGGUUUGUGUGCAGCGACAGACCCAUCCACUGCAUGGCCCCGGCCCAGGAAGGUUUCACCAAGCUCCUGUGUGUGGCGGCCCAGGAUGGGGCCAUCAUUGUGGUGGACACGCACAACCUCCUGCCCCUGAGGAUCCUGGUGGGUCACUCCAAGACCGCCUUCUCCAUACAGGUUCAUGGCCAUCUUGUGUACAGUGGCUCUGGGGACAGUACUGUGCUGGCUCAGAAUUUGCAUACGGCAACACUGGACCAUUUCUACAAGGACAACAAAGGUAUCGUUAACAGCGUCUGGUACAGCCAGGGCCAUCUCUUCACCGGGGGAAUGGACAAACUGGUCCGCUGCUACAAUGCUGAGACUCGCAAACUUGUUCAGGUCUACUUCGGUGCUGACAGAGGAGUGAUCACCAAACUCUUGGUCCAUGACAAUAUGCUGAUAACGGGCACUUCAAGUGGUUCGGUGGAUAUGAUGGAGCUAGACCUGACUGCAGAACACAAAUGUCAUAAAUCUGGCUGUGGUCUCAAUUUUGGCAGCAGACGUCAUCUCUUUUGGCACCUUCUGAAUGACCACGGCAUCUCCAAAGCAUAGCUUCAAAUACGACUGUAAUCAGGAGCUUUUUUUUUACAUGUUUAACAGGAUGGAUGCCUGGUACUCAUUGAAAAUGAAAAUUUUAUCCUCUUAUUCUCAAAUGCCAGUGAGGAUGAAAUAUAUUGUUUCUGAUCGGGGGUAAGACAACUCGAAGGCUUCAUUACAAUGCCAAUGUAUGAACUUUUACUGGGGAUUUUAUCAUGUUAGAAAAAAAAAAA